AAGAUGGUUCGAAUUCGUUACAAGACUUCUUCGUUGGAAUGCAAUCAUCAACGUGGCUUACCACCCGAACCUUCUAUCUUAUCUCUGAUAAUUCUUGAUCCUACGUUCGCCGGAAAUUUUGUGGAGGCAGAGGGCUAGUCUCCGGCUACAAUGGCGAGGGACUUGCCGAUGGGCCCUCAGCUGGAGCAGUUCCACGGUGAUAUCAAGCGAGAAUUUCCGAGCCCUUGCUGUAGGGGUAGUAACCGCUUACUCUCCACGAACACUCAGCUAAGGAGUGUUCAUUGAUUGAAAAUAAGAGGUUCAAAGUAUAGGGGUCCUCACUCCUCAGGGAGUCUCACAAAGAAAAUGAUCUCACUCCAGCUCCUUCAAGCCGCCCCACAGCAUAUAAGCUCACCCAGUUCGCACCUUUCACCAUUGCACGGUCUCGUGUCAUGCUCUUCCAUGUCUCAGCUCAAGCAGUAUCACUCCCAACUCAUACGACUCGGCCUCUCGGCCGAUAACGAUGCUAUGGGCAGAGUUGUCAGGUUCUGUGCUAUCUCCAAAAAUGGUGAUCUGCGUUAUGCUCUACAAGUUUUUGAUACAAUUCUUCACCCAGAUACCUUCAUUUACAAUACCAUAAUGAGAGGUUACUUGCAAUGUCAACUCCCCAGACACUGCGUUCUCUUGUACUCGCAGAUGUUGCACGAAUCUGUUACACCCAAUGGAUUUACCCUCCCUACUGUUAUAAGAGCUUGUAGCGACGAUAAUGCUAUUGAAGAGGGGAAACAAGUACAUGCCCAUGUUGUAAAAUUCGGGUUUGAAGCAGAUGUUUAUUCUCAAAAUAAUUUGAUUUAUAUGUACGUGACUUUUCAGUCUUUGGAGAAAGCAAGAAUGGUCUUUGAUAAGAUGCUUGUGCGGAAUGUUGUGUCUUGGACCGGUUUAAUUAGUGGGUACUCACGGUGGGGGUUUGUUGACGAGGCUUUUGAAGUUUUUAAGCUCAUGCGAGAGAGGAAUUCUGUUUCUUGGAAUGCCAUGAUUGCAGCCUAUGUUCAGAGCUGUCGUUUCCAUGAGGCAUUUGCUUUGUUUGACAGGAUGCGAGCUGAAAAGGUGGUCUUGGAUAAGUUUGUGGCGGCUAGUAUGUUGUCAGCUUGUACAGGUUUAGGAGCUUUAGAGCAAGGGAAGUGGAUACAUGGGUAUAUCGACAAAAGUGGAAUUGAAUUAGACUCAAAGCUUGCAGCAACUAUUAUUGACAUGUACUGUAAGUGUGGCUGCUUGGGGACAGCUUUUGAGGUUUUCAAUGGGUUACCCCACAAGGGAAUAUCUUCAUGGAAUUGCAUGAUUCGUGGUCUAGCAAUGCAUGGGAAAGGAGAGUCUGCCAUUCAGCUCUUUAAAGAGAUGGAGAGGGAGAUGGUAGCUCCUGAUAACAUCACUUUCGUGAACCUCCUCAGUGCAUGUGCUCAUUCGGGGUUAGUUGAGGAAGGGCGUCAUUACUUCCAUCAUAUGGUUGAAGUUCAUGGUAUUGAACCCAGAAGAGAACAUUUUGGAUGCAUGGUUGAUAUUCUUGGAAGAGCUGGAAUGCUGGAGGAAGCAAGAAAGCUUAUCAAUGAUAUGCCCAUGAGCCCUGACGCAAGUGUCCUGGGUGCUCUUUUUGGAGCUUGUAAAAUUCAUGGAAACGUUAAGUUGGGAGAGGAAGUGGGGAAGAGAGUAAUUGAACUAGAGCCCAAUAACAGCGGGCGCUAUGUGUUAUUAGCCAACCUAUAUGCCAAUGCUGGUAGAUGGGAAGAUGUGGCCAACGUGAGGAAACUGAUGAAUGACAGGGGAGUGAAGAAAGUUCCUGGUGUUUCCAUGAUCGAAUUGGAGGGUGUCCUCAAUGAAUUCAUAGCAGGGGAAAGGGCUCAUCCUCAAGCUGCAGAGAUUUAUGCCAAGGUAGACGAGAUGUUGGAGCGUAUAAGAUUUAUCAGCUAUGUACCUAACACAGAUGGAGUAUCUUGUUUUGAUAUUGAGGAGGAGGAAAAGGAGAAGCCCUUGUACUACCACAGUGAAAAACUGGCAAUUGCCUUUGGCCUGUUAAAGACUAAACCAGGAGAGACUCUUCGUAUCACAAAGAAUCUGCGAGUCUGUAAAGAUUGUCACAAUGUAACUAAGCUCAUCUCAAAGGUUUAUGAUCGCCAAAUAAUCGUCAGGGAUCGCAAUCGCUUCCACCAUUUUAGAAUGGGAGAGUGUUCUUGUAAAGAUUACUGGUAAACCCAUGUGUGCAUCUUUUGUUUUGCCUGAAUGGACAGACAAUCAUGUUGGUUGUCCUUAAAACUCAUCAAAAAGGGAUUGCUAAUACAUACUAUAAGUAUUUAUACGUGCUCUACUUGGUUUCUUAGAAGAUGUAAUUAGCAAACCUCUUCAUUGCUUAUUGAGGUUCCCUCAAAGCUCUAAGAAAAGAGCUAUCUAUGGUUUGGAUUGUUUGAGUUAGUUAUUGGGUGAAUCUUAUAUUUGUUAUGAGCUACUUGUGGAAGUGGGGUACACUAAAGAGGUCACAGGUACCCAAAUUGUGACUGAUAACUACUCAUCUCUGUUGACACCAUCUGCAUGAGGGCACUUCAGAUGGUAACUAGUCUUCUGGCUCUCUCUAUAUGCUCAAAAGUUGGCACGUCUGCAACUAACUAUAUGUGGUUUGAAAAAGUGAAGCGGGAUGUGAGAAUGACUGAAAGCAAACUAGUGAUUGGGCUUUCAUGGGAACAGAAGCUGCCAACUUUGUCAUUAGGAACGCAUGGAUCUGUUUACCGAUCAACAAGGAAAAAAACAAGCCCCAUAAUGAGUCUCUGAGCAAAUCUCAAAACCACUGAAGCGACUGCACUUUUGGAGAUCCCAAUCCGAGCUCGUUGAUGGACUCUUCGUCCCUCUGAAUGACCCAAGAAAGUUAAACAAGUUGAUGAGAAAGCAACUCAAAGAUACUGCCGGCAAGAGUUGGUAUGUCAGUGUUUCAACAAGAUUAUAUGUUAACUUUUUUUUCAUUUGAUACGAUUGGUUGCUGGGAAAGUGGAAGAAAGGAAACAUUGAAAUUGUGCGGAAUUCUCUGUUUAUGGUUUCAAGCUGUUGAGUUUCUGUAUUCAACUGACUCAGAUAGUUUUAGGUGUAAACGAGAGGAGGAAAUUUCUUUUGGUACUCAACUAUCAACAUUCUUGAAGAAGUAUCGUUUUUCCUCCCCCUAAAACUCAGCGACCAAACAGAGCUAAACUCAGCUGUGAGUUGCUUGCUCAACGAUUCAACCUUGUGUGCUUUCAGGAUGUGCAAUUUUUGUAAAUUUAGGCCCUAUAGUUGUGUUAUUAAAUGUAAUCUUCUGCAUGAGGUGGUUCACUUCAGAUAAAUUGGAAACUGCCAGAGAGAUUAUGUAGAAGGUUGGGCACUUCAUGUAAUGAUCCUGACCUAUGCUUUAGGGAUUGAUUGGAUUCAUAAUGAGCAUUAUAAAAUUUCUGCUUACUAUGUGUCGAAUGUAAAAUGUGUUAUUGGCCCUAUGUUAGAUAAAUAACCAACUGAAACUGAAAGUGAAAAUUGAUUGAUAUUUCCACAACAUAUAUAGAACUGAAAUUGGUAAUAGUAAUGACUUUACGGCAGUGGUGUUUGUUCAAGCUGUCAAUGACUCUGAUAUGCACCUCUUUUUUCUUUUCCUUUUUUUGGACAAAAAAAAAAAAAAAAACUAUGAUUUGCAUACACUUGCUUAUCCGCAUAUCUUUUUGUGACCUUGCACACAACCUCAUGGGUGAUAAAUUUACCCUGCACCAUCAAAAUUAGUUUCCAUGACCAUGUGUAAGAAGAGCACAUGUAGUUUGGACAGCAAUCUUUGUUUGCAUUUGAUUUAUUUUUUCGAAUAGCCAGAAUAUCUUAUCAAAUGAAUGAUUUUAAUUUUGGCAUGUUGUCUAUGCUGCUCUCGUGUUCAUGCUCAAACCUUUUGAAGGAAACGCUAGGUUCAAGAGAUAGAAGAAAAGAAUCGACGAGCCGAAAAUGAUAAAUGGAAGAGAAAGGUCCGGCAGUCGUGGAAGUAUCAAAGAGAGAGAGAUAAGAAAGGCAAUACUUUGUCACAACCCACGAAUGAAGUGCUUGGGCCAUGGGCUUUGGGCCAGUUUAAUUCCAUUUACAAUUGCUUUUAUUGUGAUUUAGCAGGUUAUUUGGACUAUAAUGUAGUUAGUAGACUUGGGCCCUUAAUUUUAUUUUCUUGUAUGAUUUUAGUUGUGUUAGCCUAGGCCUAUGUAGGAGUCAUCUUCCUUAUGUAUGAGCCAAGGGCUCUAGGUUUCAUCUAUCCAGAAAGUUAAUGCAAAUUCUAUUUCUUUUUCUCUUA